AUGACAGAAGACGGGGAGCUUAGUCGAAGUCCGGACCAAAAUGCUCAAGCCGGACUUUGGGAGGUUGAGCCAUUAUACUACAGUAUACCGGGUCGCACGGACCGCAGUCGACGGGGGAAGGCAUAUCGUAAGCGUACGGACGGCGAAAUUUGCUGUUUUGAAGCGCACGAUGGUAUUGUGUACAAACCCGGUGACACCGUUUAUAUAGAAGCGACACCAUCCGAUCCGUACUUAGUCGGGUCAAUUACGAUGUUUAAAAUGACAAAACGAGAUAUGCUGUCAGUGAAAGUAUCCCGGUUUUAUCGACCUGAAGAUGUGCCGGAAGUUUCAUUAAGCCUCAUCUCGCAAGAGCGGUUAGAAAUGAAUUUCCCUGUUGAGCCGAGUCCGGAAGUUCUCUCACGAGAAUUAUUCACCUCAGAGACCACUGCCUUCCACUCUAUUUCUAGUUUAAGAGGAAAGUGCUCAAUCACUUUCGUCAAAGACAUCCGAAGUCUUGGUGAUUGUGACCUGAGUAAGGAGAAUACAUUCUUCUCUUGUUUAUCUUACAAUCAAGAAUCAUCAAGGCUGGCGUCUGUACAAGGAGAAAUUCGUGUUGGAGCCUCUUAUCAGGCUAAGCUGCCAGCUGAGGCGUCGUGCUCAGUGGCGGAUGAGCCCGAUCGCGAUGAGCUACUCUAUCGACCCGGUAUGAUUGACCCAAGCACUGAAGACAAGUAUAUCAAACUUGCACGAAGUUUUCGAAUGUUCGCCAUGAUGGAGACGAGAAUGAUGGACACCGAGAAGCAUUCCAGAGUGAGUGAUCUGCUAUUUGACGAUGCGCUUACUACGCUGCAUCGCUGCGGCUACAAAUUCGAUGAGGCUCUCAAGGAAAUGAAUGCAAACGAUAAGUUGCUAUCAGCAGAUGCAAACUUCAUGACAGUGGAGGAUACAAAGAAGUUCUGCAAAGGCAUCAAAACAAUCGGCAAAAACUUCAUGCGCAUUAGUCGCGAGCUACUUCCGUUGCAUAGCAGGGACCAGUUAGUCGGUUUCUACUAUCUAUGGAAGAAAACGUCAGAUGCUGUUAAACCCAAGCCGCUCUCUCGUCAGCGCAAUCAAGUGACGUCAAUUAAGAGGACCGCAAAGGGCGCGCAAAAUAAGACAUCCCGUCCCGCAUCAACUGAAUUACUGGAUUACGCCUCCGCAAGCGAAGGUGAAAUGGAAACCCUAGAGGCUGAGAAAGCGGCGCAGUACGCAUGCCACCACUGCUAUGGCUCCAAGAGUCGAGACUGGCAUCAUGCAGGCCGUGACGGUCUUUUGCUAUGCUCCGAUUGCCGACUGUUUUACAAAAAGUACGGUCAACUAAGGCCAGUCGAUCGUCCAUCAACCGUGCCUCCGUGCUUGUUCAAACGCAGUCCUUCCAGCGCAGACGCUGACGAAGACAGCGGCGUGAGAACCAGGGCAGGAAAGAAGGAACGACGAAGAACACCGUCGAUGGGUGAAGAGAGAAGAAGUCCCAGUCAAGCGGCCUCGAUUCACGAGUUCGACCUUGACAAAGUGCCCAUAAGCAAGACGAAAAAUGGCAAACGAAAGCGAUCUAAUCACGUGCACAAUGGCAAUGGAUUACCUCUGAAUAACAAUAGCGCUAAGAAAAAGCGGGAAGAUGCUGAUGAGGACAGCAGUAGUGGUAAAGAAGAAGUACUCACCGAGGAAAACAAAUCGACCACAGCUCCCAGCUGCGUCAAAACGGAAAACGAGACAGCAGCCGACGCAAAGGCUACUAGUCCGGUUUCGAAUGAGAAGUCGCGUUUGGAUACUGUCAUCGCUAACUGCGAACGCGUUGCCGAGUUGAAGCAGGAACCUGAUUCCGAAAAGCCUUUGGAAAAACUCGAACAAGUCGCAAUGAUGGUUGAAGAUGUCAAGCCAGAGAUCGCAAGCGUGGCUGAGCCUAAAAAGGAAGAGAAAAUCUUUGAUGACAUUGAUUUCGACGAAAAUGACGAGAAUGUUGCCACCGUCAUCGAAGACGAUAAUACGUGGAAACACGGCGAUCAGGAGGCUUGCACAUCAAAAAAUGCGAUAUUUGUGCAAUCUAUCGUUCGUUCGUGCGGCCAGAUGAGUGCUCGCACUGAUCUGUCAUAUCGUAUGCCGAGCGAUUGUGAAUGGGCAAGGCGGAAACGCGAGAAGAAAGAGAAGGCUGCAGCAGCGGCCGCUGCGCAGCAACAACCGGCGACCCCGACACAGCCGAAAAAGGCCGAAAUGAACGGUAUGAUGCCGAGUGGAAUUGCGGAUUUGUCACGGGUGGCAGCCAUGAAUGGUCAGAUGCCUAUGUUCCAUGGUAUGGAUCCGAUGACUAUGGCAAUGAUGCAGCAAAUGCAGCAAGCGCAGUUAAUCGAAGCUCAACAACAUGCUGCAGCACAACAACAGCAUAUGAUGAAGUUGGAAAUGCAACGACAACUGGCAGCCGCUGGCCGCAUUCCAAUGAUGUCGUUCAUGGACCAGCGAAUGGCUGCAGCGGCCGGCUUGCCGUUCAUGCCGACUCAACAGCCGACUGAUAUGCAACGAUUUCAAAUGGAGAUGAUGCAGGCACAGCAGAUGGCUGGUGCGAUGAGUGGCGCGAUGGGCCAUCCGCAAGCUCUCGCCAAUCCGGAGAUUCAGGCUCUUAUGAUGCAAAUGAUGAUGGCAAAUCAAAUGAGCAUGCCGCAAAUGGGGCCACCUCCAAUGCAGACGCCAACAGCGAUGACCGCUGGUCUGCCACCUAAUAUGGGACUACAUCCGGCAUUAAUCCCGUCAUCCCAAGCAAAUGGUCUAAUGACAAAUUCCGAUAUGAUGCGACGGUUACAACAAGAAGGGUUCCCCAUGCGUCCGCAAUAA